CCUUGCUGUACUUGGCGGGUCCGAUCGAGCCAGUCAUAGUGCCCAGCAAGCAGCUGACUACAGAAAGAACAGACUGUCCUCAACUCCUCAUCCCCAUACCUUAACUAAAUAUUUAAGAACCGAUCACUACCUGCCUACCUCUGUAUAUCAUCGCUCCUUUGUGUCUAGCCCCUGCUCUGCCCGUGGUCUACCUCACACUUCUCCACAGGCGCUCGAUUAGGGUUAUUAUUUCACAUUACCUCCCAAUUACUUACUAUUUACAAUAGGAUAUUGGGAAGGCCGGCAUCACUCGAGCUUCUUCGACCUUCUUCCCCGUGUUGCUGCAUUUUCCUGCAACAUGCGCUCUUUCGCGCCUUGGAUCCUCAGUCUUCUCGGGGCAUCGGCUGCUAUUGCGGCUGAUACCGAGUCUGACGUUAUCUCACUCGACAAGGAUACUUUCACCGAGUUCCUGAGUAAACAUGAUCUGGUCCUCGCGGAAUUCUUUGCUCCUUGGUGUGGCCACUGCAAGGCCCUCGCACCAAAGUACGAAGAAGCAGCCACAGAGCUGAAGGCAAAGAGCAUCCCUCUAGUCAAAGUUGAUUGCACCGCGGAGGAGGACCUAUGCAAGAGCCAAGGGGUUGAAGGAUAUCCGACUCUCAAGAUCUUCCGUGGCCCUGAAUCCAGCAAACCUUAUCAAGGUGCUCGUCAAACAGAAGCCAUUAUUUCUUACAUGAUCAAACAAGCUCUUCCCGCUGUAUCUCCUGUGAAUGAGGAGAACCUGGAGGAGAUCAAAACACUGGACAAGAUUGUUGUAGUUGGCUACAUUCCAUCCGAGGACCAGGCAGCCCAUGACGCGUUCGAAGAAUUCGCUGAAUCUCAAAGAGAUAAUUACCUCUUUGCCGCUACAAGUGAUCCAAAUAUCGCCAAGGCGGAGGGUGUUGAUCAGCCGUCUCUCGUGCUCUACAAAGACUUUGACGAGAAGAAGGCCGUGUACAAGGGAGAAUUCGACCAAGAAGCGAUCUAUAGCUGGGUAAAGACUACCAGCACUCCUCUUGUUGGCGAGAUUGGCCCUGAGACCUAUUCUGGGUAUAUUGGGGCUGGGAUACCUUUGGCGUACAUCUUUGCUGAAACCAAGGACGAACGUGAAAGGUUUACGGAGAUCUUGAAACCCAUUGCAGAGAAGCAUAAGGGUUCUAUCAACAUUGCCACCAUUGACGCCAAGAUGUUUGGAGCGCAUGCUGGAAAUUUGAACCUCGAUCCACAGAAAUUCCCUGCUUUCGCUAUCCAGGACCCCGCGAAGAACGCCAAAUACCCAUACGAUCAGUCGAAAGAAAUCGAUGCCGAUGACGUGGAGAAGUUUAUCCAAGAUGUUCUUGAUGGAAAGGUUGAACCCAGCAUCAAAUCGGAGCCAGUUCCAGAGACCCAAGAGGGACCAGUCACAGUUGUGGUGGCUCAUUCUUACAAAGACCUUGUCAUUGAUAACGACAAAGAUGUUCUGCUCGAAUUUUAUGCCCCCUGGUGUGGACAUUGCAAGGCCCUUGCUCCCAAGUACGAAGAACUCGCAGCUCUGUAUGCGGACUAUCCUGAUUUGGCAGCUAAAAUCACAAUUGCCAAGAUUGACGCAACGGCCAACGACGUGCCGGAUCCGAUCACUGGGUUUCCUACAAUUAGGCUUUACCCGGCUGGUGCUAAAGACUCUCCCAUUGAAUAUACAGGCUCACGAACGGUGGAAGACCUUGCAAACUUUGUGAAGGAGAAUGGUAAACAUCACAUCGAUUCUCUUGAUACUAGUCGUGAGAAACCUGUGGAAGGCGGUGAUGUGACAGAUGCUUCUGCAUCUGCGACUCAUGCCAAGCCUCCGGCUGCUACCGCGGAAGAUAAGGCAGAGCAUGAUGAAUUGUAAAGGGUCUUCAAGAUCUAAUCUUCCAUUAUUAUCCUGUACCCUAUCACCGGUUUCAACGCCUUUAUUUUAUUGCAAUAAUAAGAAAGCCUAUUUUCCAUCCUAGUCUUAUUUUUUAAUACAAUCCUCACUGGUGUAUUAUCUGAAAUGGAAAUUGCGCGUCUUUACUUAAACACCGGGUGUUAUUUUACCCAUUCGUGAAA